GAAGUGAAUAAAGAAGGGAUGUUCGUCCAUUUCAGAUGUCGUACGGACACACCGCGAACCGAUGUAUGGCCAGAGGCAAAGAAAACGAGUUGCAUUGAAGAGCGAUUCUUGAGGCUGCCAGAUUCUGAGGACUACACCCGAGUGAGACAGUUCAAGAUUGAUGAGAAAGGCGCAGUGGUUAGCCGCGGAGACUCAUUCAGGCGUAAACGUAUGCAGCAAGAUGCAGGUCAAUAG